AUGAGUGACGCCGCUGCCCCUCGCCAAUACGUGCCUCUGACCUGCCACGGCCACUCGCGGCCCGUCACUCAUUUGAGCUUUUCUCCGCUCGAGAAGGAGGACGUUUAUUAUAUGAUAUCGGCGUGCAAAGAUGGCAACCCGAUGCUUCGCGAUGGCCAGACGGGCGACUGGAUUGGCACCUUCCUCGGCCACAAGGGUGCUGUGUGGCAAGCGAGAUUAAGCCCCGAUGCGACGACGGCCGCCACGGCUUCCGCCGACUUCACUGCAAAGGUCUGGGAUACCCACACCGGCGAGCUGCUGUACGUUCUCCAACACGACCACAUAGUCCGCGCCAUCGCCUACCCCUUUGAGCAAUCCGGGAUGCUUGCCACGGGGGGAAAUGAGAAAAAGCUUCGCAUCUUCGACUUGCAGGACGAGAAGCCGUCCGGCUCGCCGACAUCAACGGAUCCGAGCGCGGUCACUCCUGUCACGAUCGAGACGUCGCGAGCGUUCGAGAUUGGCGAGGGGGUUCACAACGAUGUCAUCAAGUUCAUUGUCUGGGCCAAGGAUCCCAGCGUUAUCAUCACCGCGUCCGGUGACACGCUUCGCUGGUUUGAUCUGCCCAGCCGCCGUUGUAUCCGCGAGGUGAGGCUUGAAGCAGAGAUCAAGUCGUGCGAGCUGGUGGCGCUUGCGCCAGCGUACAGCGAGCCUACCGAUGUUGGCGGCGGCCUGCCAGUCCUUGCGGUCGCCGCUGGGAAGACGGCGUAUUUCUGGGGUGGGGCGAGGGCUGAGGAUGAGCUCAAGCAAAUCAAGCUCCCGCAUGGAAUCGCCAGUGUGGGGCUAGAUCUCAAGGGAAGGAAAUUCGUGGUUGGUGAGGAUUCGGGCACUUGGGCGCACGUUUAUCGGUGGGAUGACGGCACGGAGCUUGACGUGCACAAGGGUCACCACGGACCCAUCUGGUCGAUCGCGUUUUCGCCGGACGGGAAUCUCUAUGCGACAGGGUCGGAGGACGGCACAAUCAAGAUGUGGAAGAACUGCGAGGGGUUCUACGGGCUGUGGCGAGGGGGCGUGUCGGGCAACGGCACGGACUAG